UGAUGGCCCCGAGAAGCAAUUUGAAUGCGCAUUCAGCAGCUGCACCAGCAGCUAUAGCAGCAGGGGCGGUUGAUUGCUGGCUCUGCAUCAGAAAGGAGCUGGCACAAGACACUGAAGGCGCUGAAAAGCGAUGAAGCCAAUCCUGGGCAAGCAGUUCUUCACAAAUGACUUCAGAAGUUGAGCGGUGGUGAAGAGUUGAAGGCUGAUCUAAGUCGGCAUUGGUCCUUUCACUGCCCAAAAUGCUUCGAGGCAAAUCAGGAGAGUAGCAGGACUAGAAUCAGAUUUGGUGGUGUCUAAAGGUCGCAGGCUUUAUCAUGGCCCCCACAAAGGAUCUACUCAAGGCGGCAUACCGGAUUGGGGAGAGAGCGAGCAAGCAGGGUUCGAGGCACGUGUUGAAGGGUGGUCGGGAUGGAUCUACAUGCACUACAGCCCAAUCGGCACGCAGGCCUAGCAGCAGGGUUUCCUCGAGAAUUGCUGGAGAUGCACUUCGAGCAGGCUCCUCAAAUCUGUGCGGCCGUGCAAGCUCGACGAGUUUGACCAGGAUGUUAGAGCUGAUAGAGGGGCACGGGGUGACCCGUUCUCUGGCUGGGGCACUGGGGGCCACUAGAGGGUUUGCCUCAGAGGGGCUGCCAGUGCACACCGUCCUUUCCAUGCCGGCCCUGUCACCAACAAUGGAACAAGGCAACGUGGCUAACUGGCAAAAGAAAGAGGGGGAGUCCAUAAGCGCGGGGGACGUCCUCGCAGACAUCGAGACUGACAAGGCCACGCUGGCAUUCGAGUCCAUGGAAGACGGUUUCCUCGCCAAGAUUCUCGUUCCAUCUGGGGAGAAGAACGUACCGGUAGGGAAGCCGUUGGCAAUUGUGGUGGAAGAAGAGGGAGACGUUGCUGCGUUUAAGGAUUACCAACCGGACGGAGGAGCCGCGCCGAAGCCAGAGACGAGCGUGCCGGCAAAGGAGGCUCCCAAGGAAGCCCCGAAGAAGAAGCGGAAGAAGAAGGCGGCACCAAAAGCGGCGGCGAAAGAGUAUCCCCCGCACAUCAAGAUCGACAUGCCAGCUCUCUCUCCAACGAUGACGCAAGGCAACGUUGCAUCGUGGUCCAAGAAGGAAGGCGAUGAGAUCGCAGCAGGCGACGUCAUUGCUGAAAUCGAGACGGACAAGGCGACAGUCUCGCUGGACUCCCAGGAAGACGGGUUCCUUGCGAAAAUUCUUGUCAAGGACGGCGCAAAGGAUGUCCCGGUGGGCACUCUUCUAGCCAUUGUGGUCGAGGACAAAGACACGGUGUCAAAGUUCGCCGACUUUUCCCCCGAAGCUUCCGCCGCCGACGAACCCUCCACCUCCGACGCAGAGGAAGAGGAGUCUCCCGAGCCCUCCGCCAGCCAAGACAAGCCCAAGCCGCCCCCGAAAACCUUCAAACCCUUCACCGGGCGCAUCUGGCCGACCGCCCGCAAAAUCCUGAUUGAGUACGGCGUAGACCCGUGGGAGGUGAAGGGGUCCGGUUUGAACGGGAUAAUUACGAAGGACGACGCUGUGGCGACCACCAAGGGCAUGUCCAAGCCCGAGGAGUCGCCCGAAACGAGCGCUGCGGAUGAGGAAGAAGGGGAGGAAGAGCAGGUGAAGGAGACACCAAAGAAGGUGGAAGGGAAGAAGGAAACGGGGAAGAAAGAGGUUGGAGGUGCGAAGCCGGCGGCGGCGGGGGGGCCGCCGAAGAAGAGCGCGGAGCCGAUGGCGGGCGGGGAGUUCGAGGACGUGCCCAAUUCGCAGAUCAGAAAAAUCAUCGCACAGCGCCUGAAAGAGUCAAAAUGGGGCACUCCGCACUUCUACCUAAGCGCAGAUGCCAAUCUCGACGCGGUGUUGUCCUUGCGAAAGGAAUUGAAAGAGAAGCACAAGGUGUCUGUGUCCGUGAACGACUUCGUCGUGAGGGCUGUGGCGGUUGCCCUGCAACGAGUUCCCGAGGCGAACGCAUUUUGGGACACGAAGAAGGAGGAGGUGACGUCGAACCCAAGUGUCGACAUCUGUGUGGCAGUUGCGACCGAUAAGGGUCUGAUGACGCCCAUUGUGAAGCAUGCGGACCAGAAGACGCUGUCCGAGAUCUCGUCGGAAGUGAAGGACCUGGCAGAGCGCGCCCGCUCGGGCAAGCUCAAGCCGGAGGAGUUCCAAGGGGGGUCGUUCAGUAUAUCCAACUUGGGCAUGUAUCCCAUCGACUACUUCAGCGCCAUCAUCAACCCGCCGCAGGCGUGUAUCAUGGCGGUUGGGAAAGGCAACAAGAAGGUCGUAUGGGAGACCAAGGAAGAUGGCACUGAAAGCCCCGCCGUUGUCACGCAAAUGACGGUCACCCUUUCAGCAGACCAGCGGGUCUACGACGGCGAGAUCGCGGGCCGCUUUCUUGCCGAGUUUACGUCUGCCAUGAAGGACCCAGCGCAACUAUUGCUUUGAAAGUAGAAAGACAACAUUCCCUUAUCAGCGGCUAGCUUUUGAGCUGCGUAUCUGCGCUAAAAGAAGGUGCUCCUAUUUGCGACACGCUUCUGCCCCUUAUUCGAGUAACGCAGUGGCGGCUGCUUUUCGAGUUUUGCUGCUGCUCUGCUCAAAUUGGGCCGGACUUGUUCCGCUCACCAUAUUUGGACCUGAGAAAGCGUCGUUUGUGACCAUUAAUUGUCUAAGGAAGCGAUCUCCACGGACAGAAGUGUUCAGGAAGCUUUGAGGCGUCCAGACACCUGAAUCAUGAAGUAAGUCGGGUCUGGCGUACGACCAGCAAAUAAACAUGAAGUGAGUCUGACAUAUUGGCAAGCCACGCC